UAUUCUCCAUUCCAAUUUAGGUUGUCUAUUUUAGUGCUCCUGGUGAGAUUUCCAUAUCAAGAAAGAGAUGAGGUUCUUAUUCCUCUCUGCUCCUUCCUUAAUCAAGCACACAAAUAGAAAAAGGUCAUCCAUUUCUUUGCUCAAUCUUCUUGGAAAAUCACUUUAGGGUUUCUAAUACCCACAAAUUUUUCUUCCUUUUUCUUCCCUUAUUUUCACAGAUCUGAAAAACCCAUCAUAAUUUCUGUCUGUUUUUUCAACAUAUCCCUUUCUAUUUCUGGAAACCCUCUUAGGUGGACGCUUAUCUUGAUUUGGUUGCUCUUUUCCGACACUUGUAUUGAACCCUUAACCUUUUUUUUUUUUUAACAUUUCACUCAACCUUUAUUGAAAUUGUUGCAUAUAUAAAUAAAUAUAUAGAAAUGGUGAGAGGGAAAACUCAGAUGAAAAGGAUUGAAAAUGCAACAAGCAGGCAAGUUACCUUUUCCAAGCGCAGAAGUGGACUAUUCAAGAAGGCCUUUGAACUUUCUGUUCUCUGUGAUGCAGAAGUUGCACUUAUAAUCUUCUCUCCCGGAGGAAAACUCUAUGAAUUCUCAAGUUCCAGUGUCAAUAAAACCAUACAACGCUAUCAGAAGGAUGUCAAGAACAGAGCUAUCAAACAAAAACCAACUGAAGAAAAUAUUCAGAAUUUGAGAAGCGAGACUGCUGAUUUGAUGAGGAAGAUCGAGCUCCUUGAGGAUUCAAAGAGAAAGCUUCUGGGUGAUGAUUUGGAUGCACGUUCCAUGGAAGAAUUAGAAGAAAUCGAAGAACAGUUGCAACAAAGUUUAAUCAGCAUUAGGGCAAGAAAGAAUUUAUUGUUCAAAGCGCAGAUUGAUCAGCUGAAAGAACAGGAGAAAAUCCUAGCAAAACAAAACAAAGAAUUAAGGAGAAAGUGUGAGAUGGUGACAUUGUCACUGUCAAUAAUUCCAGACUUGGGGGCUCUUGCUCAAAUUAAGGAAGCCGAGACGGCAUUGUUCAUAGGACCUCCCGAAAAACGAGCCACCAAUUAGUUUGCAUAAAUUUAAUUUGAUUUCAUCAACAAAUAUAAAUGCUUGCUUCUAUGUUUGUUCUUGUUUUUUUAUGGAGGAAAACUUAUAUGCCUAAAUUCGGGAGCUGAAAAUUCAUGCUUUUAUGGUUAUAUAUAUUAUUGUAGAGUAUCUAUUGCAGGAAGAUGUAUAUCGUUGAAUCAUUUUUCAUAAUGGAGAAAUUAUGAAGUUCUUAGUCUGGAUUUU